UGCAGCAGCAAUAUCUGCUAUAGUACCAAGAAAGAAAUUAAAGGCAGAUGGGAACACACCAUUCUGGUGUCCCCUUAGUGGCUCUGCCACUGGGAAGCAUCGCUUUUUUUUUUUUUUUUUUUUGAUGAAGGGAAGCAUCGCAUUUUUUUUUUUUUUUGGAUGAAGGGAAGCAUCGAAUUGUACCAAUGUUCGUAGCCUUUCCACGUCCCUCCUUUUUUCUUAUAGUUAAAGUUUUUCUCUCCUGCAUAAAUCAAACAAAGGCAUUGCCUUGGUGGAGUUUAGGUUUUUCAACACUCUGCCUUCUUUCCUGGGUUUUGAUAAUUUUUUUAAACAUUGCAGUAUUUAGCUGUGAUCAAGAAUUGCAGCUUAAUCCUGUCUCUGAGAAUUGCAACUUCCAUGGUUUAGCUGUGCAUUGAUGGAACACAACAACAGUAGAGUGGGGGAGAACAGUUCUUCCCAUUGCAAUAACACGAAGAACCCGGAUAGCCAUAGAAUUUAUCCUAGUAGAGAUCCCAUGCCUGGGACUGGGAGUGACCUUUGGAAAAAUGGGCUUAUUUGUGCUUUUGAGUUUAUCCGAAGACGGAAGAAAAUAAUUAGUUCAAAACCUGGUUCAAAAAACCUGACUAAACAACAAAUAGAUGGUGAGCAAGAGAGGGUGCAUGUUCCUUCUUACGGAUUUUCUGAUUCUCCAUCCCAAAUGGAAGAUAGGAGCCAGCAAUCAGGCCAAGUUCAGGAUAUGGAAAGGUUUGAGGGUGGUCAUUGGGUUCCAAUUGGGUGGGAUAGGAUUUCGGAAAUUGUACAAACUGUGCAAGCUAAUGCUAGUUGGGCCUCUCAGCAGUUUGGGAUGGAUGGUGAAGAUGACUUCACUGUUGCAGAUUUAGCAGCUCCAUAUUGGGAGCGUCCAGCAGGGCCCAUUUGGUGGUGCCAUGUCUCUGCAGGCCACCCCACAGUUGAAGCAUGGCUCAACAAUGCCCAGUGGCUUCACCCUGCAGUUAGGUUAGCUUUAAGAGAUGAAAGUCGACUGAUCAGUGACCGGAUGAAGCACCUGCUAUACGAGGUCCCAGUUAGGGUUGCCGGGGGGUUGCUAUUUGAGCUUUUGGGACAGUCUAUUGGGAAUCCAUUUGUUGAUGAGGAUGAUAUCCCCAUUGUUCUUCGAUCGUGGCAAGCGCAAAACUUCCUUGUAACUGUUUUGCAUAUUAAGGGGCCCGUGUCAAGUAUAAAUGUGUUGGGUAUCACAGAAGUUCAGGAACUUCUUUCAACUGGAGGCUAUAAUGCACCGAGAACAGUGCAUGAAGUCAUAGCACAUCUAGCUUGCCGCCUUACUCGAUGGGAUGACAGGUUAUUCCGUAAGUCCAUAUUUGGAGCAGCUGAUGAGGUUGAAUUAAAAUUUGUGAACAGGAGAAACCAUGAGGAUAUGAAUCUUUUCACUGUAAUCCUCAACCAAGAAAUCAGAAAGCUAUCAAGACAGGUUAUCAGAGUGAAGUGGUCGCUUCAUGCAAGAGAAGAGAUUGUAUUCGAGCUUCUCCAACAUUUGAGAGGAAAUGCAGCAAGAACCUUGUUAGAGAAAAUACGAAAGGCCACAAGAGAAAUGAUCGACGAGCAAGAAGCAGUUCGCGGCCGCUUAUUUACCAUUCAGGACGUGAUGCAGAGCACUGUUCGUGCGUGGUUACAGGAUCGAAGCCUUCGAGUGACACACAACCUGACUAUUUUUGGUGGCUGCGGCCUUGUCCUUUCCAUCAUCACCGGGCUGUUUGGAAUUAAUGUUGACGGAAUGCCGGGAGCACAGAACGCUCCAUACGCAUUCGGUGUAUUUUCAGCCGUUCUCGUCUUUAUAGGAGCCGUGCUAAUCGGAGUAGGGCUGCUCUACCUUGGGCUGAAACAACCGGUCACCGAAGAGCAGGUUGAAGUUAGAAAGCUGGAGCUUCAAGAGUUGGUUAAGAUGUUUCAGCACGAGGCUGAGAAUCAUGAAGUGGUUCGUAAAGAUGCGUCUCGCAGUAAUCUAUCCCCUACAGCCGGCAACGGUUUCCUACGUGAUGCAGAUUAUGUUGUGAUUCAAGGAGUAUGAUGCAAUUGUUGGUGUACUCUUUAUACACCAACAGUCGGAUUCUCGGAAACAGAAAAGAAGAGAAUACAUUUUCUCCGUGUUACUUAAAGUUUAUAGCUCGAUCAAGACAACAUCGCAUAUGGUACAAAAUUAAUUACAAUAGCAAUCUCGAACAUCCCUGUGAGUUCAUUCGGCAUUCAAUUCAUCGAAAGAUGUAAAUGUAUAUCUCGAAUUCUAAACC